AUGGCUCAACUUGGAGAUCACGUCGACAAAGGCACCUUCUCGCAGAUUCUCGAGAUGGACGAGGACGGCCAUGAUUUCAGCAAGCCUUUAGUGGUCGGCUUCUUUGAUCAAGCGACAGAGACGUUUCUGAGAAUAGAGGACGCCUUAAAAGCCAGCGACCUGAAUGAGCUUUCUAGCCUGGGCCACUUUCUUAAGGGUUCCUCCGCUACUCUCGGGUUCACCAAGAUACAGGAGAGCUGCCAGAUCAUCCAGCAAUACGGCCAUAGACUAACCACUGAGAGCACCCCUGAGGACGAUGAGGAGGUGUGUCUCAAGAAGAUUUCCGAGGCCCUCGAGAAAGCGAAGGUGGAUACGAAGGAGCUACAGAAACGGAUGAUGGCAUUCUUUGGACUACUGGAUACCAAUAUUCAUUGA